GUUUUGGACGAUACUGACUGAAAAAGGAAUUCGAAAACUUCUUCGGGCUUCCUUCAGCUGGGAAAAUCCUUCGUUUAAAACAUCGUCAUCGAAGUUUAUCAUUUUAACGAAGGCAGUUUAUUCAAUAAUUCUACUUGCACUGGACCCCCACGCUCAAAAAUAAUGGUUAAUUAGUCUCAGUGUACGAUAUAUUAAUAUUUAAAUUUUUGUCGGGGAAUAACUGUCGGUAGCAGUUAAAUAUUUUAAAACUUCUUGUGGUCAGAUUGGCAGACAUCGCUACUGCACACAUUGUCACGUAUCUUUCACCUGGAAGAUAUAUUUCAGAAGAACAUUUUGGCCUUUUUGUGAGGAAAUUUGGAAGAAAUAAAACGUAAAGAAGAAAUUCGGUAGACUUUUUUGGCUUUUAUUUUGGUAAAAUUGUAGACAAGGAUAACAGAAUUUUGAAAAUAAAUGAAAGAACAUUUUUAAAAAAUAUAAUAGAAGGAAAUUUUAAAAUCAAGAAAUUUGAGGCAAUGACAAUGGGAAAUUAUUUCUCUCAAGUGGAAGCACGAAACGGAAGUUGGCAAUUGGCAAUCAAUAUGGACGUUGAUUUCAAAGCUUGUAAUUAUAGUCUUGAAAAAUGAAAGGGACAUCAAUGGUUUCACUUGAGAUGUGGCGAACAAAUAAGAUUGAAGGAGUGAAAAUAACGAAACAAGGAAGCUUGAAACAGUGAAUAAACGAUGGCUGACUCGAAAUGUAGUCUCCCUGAAGCUUGGAAAAAUGGCGAAUUGACAGCCGAUACGAUCGGUCGACGCCACGAACGUCUACUGCCCGACGUUGCUGACCUUGAAAAAGACUUAACUGCUGUUGGGAAAUCUAUUGAAGGUUACAUAGAUGCUUUAAACAACUACUGCAGUGCCGGUUGUCGUGUAUCAGCUACAUUUGCGAAACUUUUGGGGGAUACAACGCUGUCGAAAAUAUCACAGCAGUUUCAACAAGUUACGGAUAAACUAGAGCAUAAAGUUUUGAAUGAUUGCAACGCUGAUAUAAGUAGUUCUGUUCUAACAACUUUAAGUGAAUUCACGUCGCUUUUACCCGCCGUCAAACAAGAAAUUGGCGACUACAAGCGGUGUAAAAAUCGUCAUUCAAAAUGUCAGGAGACGUUAGAGAGCUUUGCUCAAAAAGAUGUGGCGGCUUCCGAGGGCAAACGCUUCCAACAAGUGAAGGAAAGAUUCUCUUGGGCCGACCGAGAUUACACGCAAAAACAAGAGCAAUUGAGCCAGUGUUUAAGCUCUCUAGAAGGCAACAGAAUUAAGGUAUUUAGUAUGUAGAAACUAUUUAUGAAUUUUAGUAUGAAAUGUACAUAGCAUUUAAUAUGUUGUUUAUUUUUGAGCAUGACUACAUCACAAUGACAAAGCAAUCGAGUGUGACAAAUAUUUAUAUUCAAAUGUAAAUCUUUCUGCUUUCAAAAUUAUUUUCGUUAUUUUUUUGAAGUGAUGCCAAAUUAUUUGCAUUUUGGUGAAAUGGUGCCAACUUGUCAUAUGAGACUUUGUUUUUGUUGGAAAAUUGCUUGUCUGUUAUUAAUUUUUCAUGUCUGCACGAGACAAGCUUGUAAAUAAAAGUGAUUAACAAAAACACCCAAAUUGGGAAUGUUUAUUCUCUGUCUGAUCAUGUUAUUAGUGAGGAGAGGUUAAUUUAUUGAACUCAUGACUAAUAUAUCCUUUUGAUUAAAGGAAAAACUGUAUAAGCAUUCGAUAUUGGAAUUAUUGUGAGUCAAUAUUUUAAACUAAUUUUAUCUUUUUGUUUGGAUAUUGUCAAUUGUCACUUUGUGUAUCAGUGAUCGAAAGGCCAGCUGAUUGAUUGAGAGCAGAGUUCAUAAAUUAUCCAGUAUUUAUUUGAUUUUAUCAUAAUAUUAUGAUUACAAGACAAACAUAAUUAUGCCUGGAGACAUUGGCAGAAUGUUGGGGGGGGGGGGGGCUUAGCCCCACAAGAAUAAAAGUUGGGGGAAAGAUGAAUGAGACCGGUUCUGUAUUUGAGAAAGUAGGAAAUAUGUUAGGUCUGGAAAAUCCCUGCCCAGCCCCAACAUUUCUGGGAAAAUUUUAUAUAUGUUAGACAAUUUAUGGAAAUUAGCUCCCCGCAAGAAGAAAGGAACAGGACUUUUGUCCCAUUGUUGAAAUCUGAUCCCUUGUUAUUAAUAGGCAGUGGUUUUGUUAGCUUUGACUUAUGAAAACAUUUAAUCUUUCGAUGAAAAGGUUUCCUACAGGGCUGAGGGCAAAAGGUGAAUAUCAUAGAAUUUCGGCUUAAAAAUGUUUACUCAAAGCAAUUUGGGUGGCCAUUAUUAGACUGAUCUCAAUAUAGCACUGGCAAGGGUGGGUAGUGGCGAAGUAGUUGUAGUUCGUACUGUAGCGAACUACAAUUUUCAAAUAGCUAGUAGUUAAAACAGUAGCUGUAGUUAUAGCGAACUACAUUUUGCCUAAAAGUAGCCAAGAAGUUGGCUACUUUUCAAACAGUGAAUCGCUAUUCGCUACUUUUUAAAAUUGUUAGUAACUUGAUAGAAUAGCAUGAUAUUGAGACACGGUCUGCUUAAAAUCAAUACUCAAUAGUCAAUUUGCACGCCUGAACACUGUAGUGCUUUCAAAAAUGUUGCUUUGUGUUUACUGUUGUUACUCGUAAAUCGAUUUGUUAUAGGUUACAUUCCAGCCUGAGUUAAUAGAUGCUCCAAAUACAGUAAAAUUAAAAAUAUAGAGUAGCGAAAUAGUUCGCUACAUUUUUUAAGCAGUAGCUGUAGUCAGUAGCGAACUACCUUUCUUUAAAAGUAGCAGUAGUUGUAGCUGACUACAUAUUUUUGAAGUAGCUGUAUUUACAGCGAACUACAAAAAAUUUGUAGUCAACCCACCCUUGAGCACUGGACCAUUGCUUGAUACUGAUCUGAAAAUAAGACUGAAGUUGCGGGUUUGAUUCCCACCAUAGUCAUGCUAACUUUUCAGCCUAUCCGGUGUGGAUAUACACUCAGUGUAACAUCAAAAACAUUAUAUUCACCUGAGUACAUAACAUCAAAACACACACAAAAAAGACUGAUCUCAAAAUGACACUGGACCAUCAUUAGUCUAAUCUCAUAAUAUGACUGGACCAUUACUGAUCCCUAAAUAAGUCUGGAACAUUGAUUAAUAAACAAUUGUUCAUUUACAUUGCUAUUUUUAAACAAACAAUAUAUUGAACAUUAUAUUUUCAGAUGGUAGGAGCUAGUCUCUUAUCAUUGCUACACACCAUAGCACAGUUUAAUGGUGACAUGUCGACCAUGUUGGCUCCACUGGGAGAGUACCAGUCAGUUGGUGAUUACCUGCGGGACAGGGAGAUUGCACCACAGCUGAAAGAGGCAACCACAACAUGGUGUUCAUUUGCUCAGGUUUGUUUUAAAUUGUUUAUCAGGGUUGUAUACUUAUCAUUUAUAGACCUGGAGCGAGGGGGAUUUGGCAAAAUAUUACCAGAAUAUAUAAUCACUGAGGGUAAUAUUUCAAUGAAUCCUCAAGUUGAGGGUCUAUAAAUUAUAUAUUAUAAUGAACAUUAAUUAAAGAACCCACUAAGUUUGGAAUAAACUUGCUGAAUAACUACUAAGCAAAUACACUGUUUAAUUUCUUAUUUAUACCUGGGAUUUUGACAUUUUCUAUUUAAAAUAUUUGAGCUUGUAUCCUUUGGAUCAUUGAAGAUAACAUACCUCUUGAAAAUCUUUAGUUAAAUCGAUAAAUCGUUUGUGCAAAAUUGCAAACAACAGCUCAAAAAUGCCAUAUUGUUUUAGCACAUGGUGUCACAUAAUAUCUACCGUGAGAUAUUACAAUAUCUCACACUGCAUCGCAAAAUCAUGAAUUUGAGUGAAAUACCGUAAAACAUCACAUUACAUGGUACAAAUACUUGGUUUUUUUAUUGGACAAUUCGAAUCAUGAUCUUACAUGUACAUGAGUAUUAUAUUUUUUAUGCAAUGCAGAGUUACCAAAGCAUCCGAGAGAAUGACUUGUCGGGUGAAGAUGUUUACAAUUUACUGAAACAUAAGAAAGGAGAAAAACUUUCUAUGUCACAGAAGUCUGUUCUUGCAACACAUGUGAAGACAUUGCUAGAGGUAUGAAGACGAUAUACUGUAGCUGUUUUUUACAUUUCAAAACACAGUGGUAAGUUGCACCACAAUGAAGACCAUAGAGUAGAGUAAGGAAUCAUUUUUAACAUCUAUCAAUAUUAUAUAUAUAGGACUAUAAGAAAGAUGUGGACUCAAUGGAUGAUGGCCCUGUUACCAUCCCUGGUGGUUUUUUCAAGAACCCUGCUGGAAUUAGGGUUGCUUUGAAGGUAGGGUACAUCUAAACCAGGGUCUGAAAUCUGCCGUAUCCCAAUAUACUGUACACAGGAUACUAAAAUUUGAUUUUGGAUACCAAACUGUGAAUCUCAAACCAGCAACCAGAAGUGGGAUCCUGGAUUCUCAUAUGGGAUACUAAAACUUUAAAUCCUGGUAUCGCAAUGGGUACUGAAAAACAUUUUAAAUCUCAGACCCUGCUUCUCUAUGGUAUACCAAUGUGCAAUUGCUUAUGCCAUCUGUGUACAUGGUGAACUGCUGAAUGUCCCAAAUUGAUGUAGACUGUAUGUUUGUAUUGCAGGGCUGUUGUUCCAGGCUGGAAUCACUUGCUAUAGAUGGUGUAAAUCUUUGUCCCUCCCACCAUGAUAUGAUUGCCACAUUACAGCUAGAAAUUCCCAAAGUACAACUGGCAGUAGCUUCUGUUGGUAUGAAAAUGAUAUGAACUGUACUCAACCUAGAUCUAGGGCCUUGCAGGCUUUUAGCCAGGGUCCUAAAAGAGGGCGUCCAAUUUUGACAUAACAAUAGAUCUACAUUCAUAUAGAUAGAUCUACGAUCAUUCUGAGCAUAUUUCCACUAUUUUCGGUGUGUGAAAAUAAAAAAAAAACAAAUAUCGAAUAACUGAUAAUUAAGAACCCCCGAUACAGGCUUUUAGCCAGGGUCCUAAAAGAGGGCGUCCAAUUUUGACAUAACUAUAGAUCUACCGUAAAGAGGGGUGGGGGUUAGAGAAAACGUUCCUCUGGAAAACCUUUGAAGUUUAUGUUACUUCAUGUUAGUAUCUUUCCAACCUCGUUUGAAAUCUUUCAAACACACUUGGCUUUGUGAGUUUGUGCCACUAUUGCUUUUUUACUUAACUACGACAUUUUCAUUCAGCCAGGUACACCAUCAAAUUGAUCAAAAUGUCAAAUAUAUAAUAAUAAUGAGAAUUGAAGCUAUUUCGUUUCGGAUAUGUUAAUAUACUUAGGGAAUCAUUGAAAAUAAUUUCCCUUUCCCCCCAUAAUUUGGGCAUCCAAAGGCAUCCACUUUUUGUUCUAGGGACAUCCCAGGAUGCCUGGACACCCUUCUGGCUAAAAGCCUGGGUUGAUGUUAUUUGUUAUAUUUUGACAGGUAAACCAUGGCAUACUGUUGCUAAUCUAGAAGGCUCCGACAUUGUUCAGUCACGACAGGUGAAUAGUUUGAAAAUUCUAGGAUUUUUGGCAUCUCCCUCGAUAUAACUAGUUGUUGAAGGGAUUGGUAGAUGGAAAUUUCGAGUAGACUUUUUAUUUAUUAGCACAUUUACUGCACCAGAAUCACAGGGCCGCACGUUUGAUUCCUGCCAGUGGGACUAUAGUUGAAUUUUUCACAACUGCUCCUGGUUAGGCAGGGCUUUCAAAAUAACCUGGCGGCCGCUGGAGCUCCGGCGGGUAACACAAGGUUUACCGCUGGUUACUUUGUUUAGUACUUGAAGUAUCAAUUCUGCCCUCCUCAGGCUCAACUCUAAGCUUUCAAACAAAGUUAUUCUUUCCAUCUUAAGUUUGAAGAAUAAAAGUAGUGAUACAUUAUAAUUUGGUUACAGAUCGAGCUCAGUUGUGUUGCUGUCAAUAUACACUGGUUAAUUUGGAUGACUGUAAGAGGGUCUUAAUGGGGGUCUAUGGGUGUCAGUUGUCAGCUAAAAUUUAAGCCAGUUGUCAGUAAUUGUCAGUGCGAUAUAUUGCAAGCUGUCAGUGUUCAGUUACUGCAAAAUGCUGACUCAUCAUUUUUACAUCAUUUCUCAGUUGUCAGUUAGGAUAUUUUGUCAGUUGUCAGUCAAAAAUUCAGCCAAAUGUCAGUAGUCAGUAGCCUCCUCCGCAGGCAUCUCACUCGAUGAAUCGGGUGGUGGGGAAAAGUUUGGUGAGAUGCCUAGGCUAGAACCCAUAGAGAGGCCUGCGGAGGAGGCUAAGUAGUCAGUUAACCCCAUUCAGACCCUCCCGUAAGACUCCCUAGACUGCUCCCCACAGCUGCUGGCUACUUUGUCAACACAGCCACCUACUCAGAAUAUUUCCGAAAGCCCCGGUUAGGUUUAAUAAAUGUAUAAAUUAAAAUUCCACUCAAAAUUUCCAUCUACAAGUGACCAGGGUCUGAAAUUUGCAGUAUCCUAGCUUGCGUAGCAGGUGUUUAGUGUGGGCGGGAGAAGCGAGGCCGCCCUCUUCUCCCACCCGCACUAAACGCCUGCUAUGAUACUAAAAUUUAGUUUGGGAUACCAAACUGUGAAUGACUUAUAUCCCAAUUGGAUAACAAGAAAAUUUCAAACAUUAGGAAAAUGUUAAGUACCUCUGACAGUCUCCUGAUAGCUUUUGAAUACUAUGAGUUUGCCACCCAAGGCUUUCCUCAUAUUAUGUGCAUUUUUGUGUAUUAAUGAAUUGUCUAGUUGUUGACUGUUGAGUCUCCUGUUGUUAUUGUAAUUUGUAACAGUGAGAGUUAUGGAAACUUAUUUGGAUGGGACACUGGAUAUGGAUAGGAUGGAUGGGGAUACUAAACUUUGAAUUGUGGUUUCCCAGUUGGAUAUUGAGAAAAAAUUUAAAUUUCAGACCCUGAAGGCAGAAGUUCCUUUAAGAAUUCCACCCUCUCUGUUUGUGGAGAAUUACAUGUAAAAAUGACAUCAAUCACAUUAUUGUGAUGACUUCUAUAAAACAGAUACCAAUCUGGACACUAUUUCCAUGUUACAUGUGCAAUAUUCUCUUACAGCACUGUCUAAAGGAUCUCAUCGAACCUUUGGCAAAACAAUUUGACAUUCCAUUUACAAAAGAAAGCUACAGGAGCUUUACUUUGACGGUUUUGAAUGAAGCAUGCUCUGAGAAAACUAUUCUUGCUUCCAAGAUUGCUGUUCAGUUGCUGUAUGGGAAAGAUGAUUUGGUAAGCGUUUUGUAAAUGUAGGUUAAAAGCCAAGGGAGAGGUUUUUAUUAAACUGUGAAGACCGAGGGCCGAAGGCCCGAGGUCUUUACAGUUUAAUAAAAACCGAUACCCGCGGCUUUUAACUUGUUUAUAUACUCAUCAGACCAUAUUCUUUUGAAUUUUGGAGGUUUUCUUCAUUAAAAAUUCAAGCUAUAUUAAUUCAAUGAGAGGUCGCUGCAGUUGUGGGACGAAAUAACUAGGUGUAACAUGCGCAUUAACACGCUUUAAAAUGUGGUUAAGCAUGCGCAGUAUAUCAUUUCACGUCCCACAAGCAAAAGAACAGAUAUUACUGUAUAAAUUCCCUGCACAAGCAUGUUUGAUGGUUGAUCCAGCUAGUCCUCGUGCGCCGAAUGAUAGAUACUCUUACCUAAUGGUAGAGUUUUGACGGGCUCUGAGGUACACGGCUGUUGUCUCUUUCUCGACUUAGAGACGUGCAACGUUUUCUAGUCGAAAAGGAGAUGUGGGUCUUGAGUUUUCCUGCAAAUUCAAGUCCCGAAUUCAAGACUCCAUGCCAGGUCUUGAAUUGAAAAUGUAAAACCAGCUAACUGGUUAUUAUUUUUUCGUAAUAAACCGGGUGGCAGGUUAUUACGGAAAAAUAAUAACCUGGUAGCAGGUUAUUACGGAAAAAUAAUAACCUGGUAGCAGACUAGCAGGUUAUUAUUUUUGCGUAAUAUCCUGCUACCAGGUUAUUAUUUUUCCGUAAUAACCUGCUACCCGGUUGUUAUUUUUCCGUAAUAACCUUCAACCCCGUAUUUUCCCCCGGAGAAAUCAAAUACCACCGCCUGCUUUUAGAUAGAAGGUUAUUACGGAGGAGUUAAAAACCGACGAAAUACAAAAGAAUAUGGUCUGAUGAGUUUGUAAACUUUGUUUCUUUUUCCAGAUGAUAUUUUAAAGGCCAGAUUUAUACUGGAAAUGAAUGACAGUGAGGGCGAAUGUCCAAGCAAAGCGGACAUUUGGCUCGGGAACAAGAGGCACUCACCCUCAUGCAUGACUAAGCCAAACCGGCCAUUUGGCUCAGGGACAAUAGGCACUCGCCCCCAUAAAAGCUAACAAAAUUUUUACUUACCUACCUAAGCCAAAGUCAGCCAUUUUGAGGUGACGAUUACUAACAUCAAAGGCACCCUCUGUGCUAUAGUAUUGUAAUUUCGUCUAAUGCUACAUUUAGGUUGUGGUUAAAUUGUCGCCAGACUCAUCCAAGACUCGUAAUGUUCGUCUUCAUUGUAAGGAAAAUGGAGUAAACAUUGAAGUACAAUUGACUUGGUAAGAUCUUAAAAGGGAUGCUCUUUUAACGUCUAUUACUUUGCAUGAAUUUACAGUAAACGUUGUUUUUGCCUUUGCCCAGGUGGGUGACAAGCGACAAGUCAUUAUUUUCUGGUAUAUUGGAAGAAGACGACAGUCAACCUUUGUUUGAAGUGAAUACAACAUACUCUACUAUGAUUGAUUAUAUGGAUUAUCUUGAAGAAAAGUAGGUCACCACGUUUAUACAAUACUAUAACAUAAAAAGCUAUACUGUUAUUUUAUACCGGUAGUUCCUCAUAUUUACUCAACCUUUGUUUGAAGUGAAUACAACAUACUCUACUAUGAUUGAUUAUAUGGAUUAUCUUGAAGAAAAGUAGGUCACCACGUUUAUACAAUGCUAUAACAUAAAAAACUGCUGUUAUUUUAUACCGGUAGUUCCUCAUAUUUGUAAUUUAGGCCAGAUAAAAAAAAUAGUUGGUGAUCAUCCUUUACUUCAAAUAAAUGGGGGUAAGUAAGUAAUUGGGGUGUGCUAAUCAUCUUUACUUGCAGCUGAGAGCUAAGCUGAAUUACGAAGGACGCAGCUCAACCUGAUCCAGUCGAAGGCGUUCUAACGGCGCCUCUGGCAGCCACCUCAUGACUCGUGUCCGAUCACGGCAGGGUCUUAGCUAGGAUUUUAGAUCUUGGGCGUGUUUCUAAAUGACCAGGGUGUGCCCAUGUAAUAGCCAAAUUCACGGUUCUAGUUAUGCUUGCCAGCAACAAACAAUGCAUGUGGUUGUUGUAUGAGUUGCAACCAAAUACAAGGCUAUACGCUCACACUGCGUACUGACAUUAAAAUAGUAUAAGUUAUUUUAUAGUUUUUUAUAAUUAUUUAAUAGUAUAAGGUAUUUAAAGCCAUUUUAACACCAUUCCCAUUAUCCAUCAAAACAUCACGGAUGACUUUUGCCAAAUUCAACAACAACAGUAGAUUUACAAUCUUUCUUACGACGUAAAUAGGAAGAAAUUCUGUCUGUUGUAAGUAGCAACACGUUAUUUUAUGAACCUACACGGCCUUAUAUAAAUAAUAAAGCCGCGUUCAUUUUAUCUAGCCGUGUUUUUCCAUUUUUGGCCGCGAUAACACGGCCAACACGGCCCUCUAGCUAAGACCCUGCAUCACGGCGUACAGCUAUAUGGUGGAAGGGUCAGUUAGGGGGCUAGUCCCAACCCACCCUGCAAGGGUGGAUAGUAGCGAAGUAGUUGUAGUUCGCUGCUGUAGCAAACUACAACUUUCAAGUGGCCAGUAGUUUUUGACUACUUUUUUAAAACAGUAGUUGUAGUUAUAGCGAACUACAUUUUGCCUAAAAGUAGCCAAAUAGUUGACUACUUUUCAAACAGCGAAUCGCCAUUCGCUACCUUUUAAAAUUGUUAGCAGCCGUUCAUAGAAUAGAAUGAUAUUAAGACACGUUUUGCUUAAAAUAUUAUUUUAUACAGCAAAGAUUAUUAGCUGUAGUCAGUAGCGAACUACCUUUGUUCAAAAGUAGCAGUAGUUGUAGCUGACUACAUAUUUCUGAAGUAGCUGUAGUUAUAGCGAACUACAAAAAUUUUGUAGUCAAGCCACCCUUGGCACCCUGUGAACAUUCCCUGUGGGAGGAAUCCGGAGUACCCGAAGAAAACCCACGAUUUUCAGUAGAGCGUUGACUGACUCUUUUCACAUAAGUGUCAUGAGUUCGUAGCCAGAAUCGAAGCCACGAUCUCAGAGGCGAAAUGUGCUUACUCUGACGAUUGCGCCACCAAAGCCCCAAUAAACUCAUGACAAGGUACAGUACAUGACUAAGGGACUGGUCAUAAAGUAUUAACUGCUAGGGUGGGCUGGAGGUAAAUCACAAAUUUUGCCAAUAAGUUUGGUGACCCAUCUUAGGAUGUAGAUAAAAAUUUCAAAGCCCAUCUAAUCUUACAAAAAAAAAUUUCAUGACCCACCCAAUCUAAAUUGGGAAAAUACACUUUUAUAACAACAAAAAACUUGCAGGUAUAUGAACAUUGUAAAUAUACACUGACACUGUAUUGACAUACAUAAUUGAAUUCCACCAAGCUUGACCAACACAUUCCUCACCAAUUACGAUACGACUGAGCUGCUCUCCAGUUGGUUGUAUUUGCUGUGAUUCGAAUACUUCUUGUUGUUGUAUAAACAAAGUACUGGCUUCAAUAGCAUCAUUUGCAUUUGAUAAUUUGGAUAGUUUUGUUUACUUUUAUUAUUAAUAUCUUUAUUUUUUUAAGUAAACAUGCAUGAGUUUUUGUUUGGUGACCCACUGUGGACAUACAAAAAAAAUUGGCGGCCCAUCGAAACUGCCCAAAGAUUUUCCAUGGCCCAUCCCAAAUCACUCCAGCCCACCCUAGCAGUUACUUUAUGACCGGUCCCUAAGGCUCAGUUGGCGGAGCAUUGCCAUUGGGCUAGUGUUCCAAAUGUCGUAGGUUCGAUUCCCACCGUGGCAGGCAUAUUUUUCAAGCUUGUCCGGUGUGGAUAUACACUCAGAGUACUCAUUCACCUGAAUACAACAUUAACAACAUAGAAGGUGCAGUACUUACUAUAGUUCAGGACUGCUACGCUGAACUGCUACAAAAGUCGUGUAACGCACCAUUUACAGAGGAACUCACGAGACAAAAGUUGUUUUUUGUAAAUAGAAAAUUUUUUAAAUCCUGGGUAUUUUUUUAUAGGCGGGCGGGGACAAUCGCCAACUGUUUUUUUUUAUUAUUUUUAAUUGGCCUUAUGUCAUGUCUAACUUGCAGGGAAUCUCGAUUGCCUUCGAUCACGGUCGAAUAUCGCAGUUGUGCUAAACAAGACACACAAGAUAGCACCCAACUUCAAACAGGUGUGUAUUGUAGAUAUGCCAUCUUCAACUUCGAUUCAUUAAGGUUGUGUUCAGACUGCCCGCGGACACUGGUGCCCGUCACUCGUGACUGUACCCAAGAAAGGGCACUACUUCUAGAGGUAGUACUCGACAACGGCACUGUGUUCAACAUGUUUUGGGAACCACUUUGAACAUUGGGCACCAGUGCCGGGCACUCAGUCUGUCUGAACGCAGUCGAAGUUUAGAUAAUGGAUAUUUUGAGGUCUUGGGCUUCAGGUCAUUCAUCUCCUUUAUCUUCGUAUCAGGGAGGUCCAGAUAUGACUUCCACUGCCGCUACGCUAUUUGAUUGGUUAAUGGCGUAGAAUAAAUGCAUCUGAUUGGAUAUCAAUAGCGGUAGUGGAAGUCAAAAUCUGGACCUCUCUAUUAUAAUCCAACUUAACGCCAUUUUCCAUUACGAUCGCACGGACAAAGCAACCGUAGUGGAAAAUUGCCUUUACACUAUAAAUCUCAAGCGACCCUGCAUAAUGUGUGAAUUAUGCGAUUGAUUUAUACUUUGGCUUGAUCUAAUGGGUGAUUCCAGCUGCAGACUAAAUUUUGAUCAAGGCAAGAAGAACGAAAUCCAACACCACAGCCAGAAAGAGCGUCUUAGAAUGAGUAAAACUGCAAAGAUUGGUUGCUAAAUGUUGUAAAAUGAAGAAAAUAUAGCCCUGUGAAGUUUGUAAAUUUUGUAUAUAUUUAUAUUACGCGCGGUAAAAAUAACCACUUUCGGCUCAAAAAUGGUUAUUUUUCCCACACGUAAUGCAAACCAGGUGAUCUCGUGUUCGUAUUUUAGCCAAUCAGCGCUCAGAAAGGGUUGUCCGAAUAGAAAUCCAUUUUGAUGUAUUCAGUCAAUUAUAUCUUUCGUUAUUCUUUAUGAAACUAGUUGAAAUUUUGUAAUUAUGUUUGGUUAUGAGAACUAUAGCUCUGACAAAAAUAUGGAAUCGAAAUAAAGUAUAUUACAGGAGAUAUUCAGUUGUUUUAAUCACAAAAUGGAUUUCUAUUUGACAACUAGUGCCAGUACUUUUCCGCGUAUGAAGAUCAUCUGGAAUAUAUACAAAAUUUGCGAACUUCACAGGGCUAUAUUUUCGUCAUUAUAUAACAAUAGACAAUUCCCAUUAUAGACUAAUUUUAGAACUAGGCAAGGAGAUGCAAAUAAAUCACCACAGCUAGAAAGAGCAUACUAAAAUUAGUAAAAUUGCAAAGUUUGGUUGCGAAAUGUUGUAAAAUGCAGAAAAUAUAGCCUUGCAAAGUUUGCAAAUUUUGUAUACUUUUGUAUUGCGUGCGGAAAUUCCUACCACAUUUGGGCCCGAAUGUGGUAGGAAUUCCGCUCGCAAUACAAAAUGACUGAAAAUUUGCAAACUUUGCAAGGCUGUAUUUUCUGCAUUUUACAACAUUUCGCAACCAAACUUUGCAAUUUUACUCAUUUCAUUAUGCUCUUUCUAGCUGUGGUGAUUUAUUUGCAUCUCCUUGCCUAGUUUUAAAAUUAGUCUAUAAUGGGAAUUGUCUAUUCGCAACCUUUUUCUUGUCUAGAUCAAAAUUUCGUCUAUAGCUGGAAACGUUCAUUGAUUCUCUGUUUAUUUUCUUAGUAACUAACGUUCCAGUUGCUCCACCGAGAUCAAAACAUUACGCAAGGAAAUACGCCACACGCAAGAAGAAAAGCGAACUGGAUAGUUUGAUCUCUCGUGGUGUGAACGGUGCGGUUGUGCCAAACAGGACGAAGUCACCUCGCCGAGAUAAAG